AUGACGAAAUUAGUUCAAUUUGGCGUGAUAGCGAGGAACUUUUCUAGUUCUUCUGCUAUGCAAAGUGCAAUCAAGAAUGUUACAGUUAUCGGUGGAGGCCUAAUGGGCUCCGGCAUCGCCCAGGUGUCGGCUCAAGCAGGCCAGAAUGUGAUCCUGGUUGAUGUAAGCUCCGAUGUGUUGGCGAAAUCUCAGAAGUCUAUUGGUGCCAACCUCGGCAGGGUGGCUAAGAAGAUGUACAAGGAUAAACCUCAGGAGGGAGAGAAGUUCGUGACUGAUGCUAUGGCCAGGAUCAAGACUAGCACUGACCCCUCCGAGGCUUCAAAGUCUGCUGACCUUGUUGUUGAGGCUAUUGUUGAGAACAUGAGUGUGAAGCACAAGCUGUUCUCUCAACUUGAUGCGGUAGCACCAAACCAUACAAUCUUUGCAUCCAACACUUCAUCAUUAUCUAUCAAUGAAAUCUGCUCUGUAGUGAAGAGGAAAGACAGAUUUGGUGGUCUACACUUCUUCAACCCCGUGCCUGUAAUGCGUCUGUUAGAAGUGGUCCGAGGAGCUGAGACUUCUGAUGCUACCUACAAGACCAUGAUGGAGUGGGGCAAAGCUGUUGGCAAGACUUGCAUUACCUGCAAGGACACGCCUGGGUUUGUGGUCAACAGGCUCCUAGUGCCCUACAUCUGUGAGGCCAUCAGGCUGUAUGAAAGAGGCGAUGCAUCAGCCCGUGACAUCGACACCGCCAUGAAACUAGGUGCGGGCUACCCCAUGGGACCGCUCGAGCUCGCCGACUACGUAGGACUCGACACCAACAAGUUCAUCCUUGACGGCUGGCACAAGAAGUACCCUGACCAGCCUCUCUUCAACCCUAUCCCACUGCUGGACAAACUGGUAGCUGAAGGCAAACUUGGUGUGAAAGCUGGCGAGGGCUUCUACAAAUACGAUAAGAAAUAA